AUCGCACCGUUGUAGCUGCCAUCUUGACUUUUUGGCCACACCCUGCGGACACCUCUGAUCACAUGGACCUCCAGGGCACCCUUGAGGAAAAGGAACAGGAGGGGACAGAUGAAGCUCCUCAACUCCUGGGACAGCUGAGGAUUGAGGCGCAUCCCAGGCUGCAAAAGGGCUCUUUCUCACCACAUCAUACAGCUGCAGCCUCUCCCUGAUAUUGUUGGAGUCUAGGGCUUCCUGUUCAAGGACACAACCUCUAGAUAACACAACUGGAGUCUCCAUUCUUUAGUUUAUAAUGACCACCAUCAUGGCCGUAGAGUUUGAUGGCGGGGUCGUCGUGGGCUCUGACUCCCGAGUUUCUGCAGGGGAUUCUGUGGCCAAUCGCAUCUUCAACAAGCUGGUGCCUCUGCAUCACCGGAUUUACUGUGCGCUCUCCGGCUCGGCGGCAGAUGCUCAGGCCAUGGCUGAUCUGAUCCACUACCAGCUGGAGCUCCUCAGCCUGGAGAUAGAGAAGCCCCCGCGAGUCCUGGCCGCAGCCACGUUGGCGAGAGCCCUCAGCUACAAGCACCCGGAACUCUCGGCUCACCUGCUGGUGGCUGGAUGGGACCCCCAGAAUGGCGGGCAGGUCUACGCUACGCUGGGAGGAAUGUUGAACCGGCAGCCUUUUGCCAUUGGAGGAUCAGGAAGCACCUACAUUUGCGGCUAUGUGGAUUCUGCCUACAAAUCCGGGAUGGGUCGGGAGGAAUGUCGUCAGUUCACCAAAAAUGCAAUUGCCUUGGCGAUGGUCCGGGAUGGUUCCAGCGGAGGCGUCAUUUACCUUGUCACCAUCACCAAAGAUGGCGUCAAGGAAGAAGUAGUUUUAGGAGAUGACAUCCCUAAGUUUUAUGACGAAUGACCUUGCUUCCCAAC